CGCCGCGCGCUGCCUCACGGUCUGUGCGGUGGCAGCCCGGGGUUUGCUCAUUGCGGGGGGAACGUUAAUUAGUUAGAGUGAGGCGGUAAUUAGUAAGUAGAGAGGGUGGAGGUCGUUCCGAAGAGAUUGUGUGGGGGAUCUUGGAGCGGUUUGUCAGGAAUAGAAUUCGGUCUCGGAGCUCCAGCACCAUGCAGAGAGCUUCACGGCUGGCAAGGGAGCUCUCGCUCCUGGCUACGGAGCCACCUCCGGGCAUUACUUGCUGGCAGAAUGGGCAGCUGGAUGACCUACGGGCACAAAUUUUAGGAGGUGUGGACACACCAUAUGAGAAAGGAAUAUUCAACCUGGAAAUCAUAGUUCCUGAAAGGUACCCGUUUGAGCCGCCAAAGAUUCGCUUCCUGACCCCCAUCUACCAUCCCAACAUUGACUCUGCUGGAAGGAUUUGCCUGGAUGUUCUUAAGUUACCACCGAAGGGUGCAUGGAGGCCUUCCCUGAACAUCUCCACCCUGCUGACCUCCAUCCAGCUGCUGAUGGCAGAGCCCAACCCUGACGAUCCUCUCAUGGCCAAUAUCGUAUGUGAGCUCCCUCUCUCCUGGCCAUGGACACAGUCCUCGGAGUACAAGUACAACAAGCAGCUGUUCCUGCUUAAUGCCAGGGAGUGGACUGAGAAAUACGCAGGGCAGCUGAGGGCUUCCAAGCCUUUGGAAGAGAAAAUCAUCCAAAGUGAAACAAGCACCAGCCGUGAAUCAACCAUACAGAAAAGAAAAGGGGUUGACAUCAGUAGGAAGGAAAAAAAAUCCUGCCCAGAUUCUUGAGGGGUUUUUGUUCUCUUUGGGCUGUCACUGUCCUCUUCCCCUAGUACAUAUACAAGGAAAGAGUCUGCCUUUUUAGGGGCUGCACCAGCUUUGGGUUUCUGUUUCCUUGAGGUGUUUUGUUGGUUUUUUUUUUUUUUUUUUGUUGUUGUUAAAAGUUCCAUUAUAUUAAUAAAUAUAAAGCUUUUAUUUAUA